GGCUCACUUUUUACUAAUCCCCAUCGUUUUGCCUCCAAGGCCAAGAAAAUCUGCAUUACAAUGUUUUGCGGUGAUUAUCAGCUUCAAGGGACCAUAUUCCCAAACCCAAACUGUGAUCCCAUGAUUGAUGCCCAGAUGCUCAGAGGAGCUCUUCAAGGAUUUGGAUGCAAUAAGGAUGUCCUAAUUGAAAUUUUAACCCAGCGCUCCAAUGCACAAAGGAUUAUGAUAGCAGAAGCCUAUGGAGGCUUAUAUGGCAGAGAUUUGCGUGGAGACCUAAAAGAGAAUCUUGAUGGUCAUCUUGAAGAGGUAUUGGUUGGUCUGAUGUUUCCUUUCCCAGCCUAUGAUGCUCAUGAACUCUACCAUGCUAUGAAGGGACUUGGAACAGACGAAAGCUGUCUCAUUGAUAUUUUAGCAUCAAGAACAAGUGGUGAUAUAUUUCAAAUGAAAGAAGCCUACUUAAUGCAAUAUGGAAAGAGUCUGGAUCAAGAUAUUUACUCUGAGACCUCAGGUCAUUUCAGAGAUACUUUAAUGAACCUGGUUCAGGGUGUGAGAGAAGAAGGAUAUGCAGAUCCUGGCAUGGCGGCUCAAGAUGCCAUGGUUCUAUGGGAAGCAUGCCAAAGGAAAACCGGUGAACAUAAAACCAUGUUACAAAUGAUAUUAUGCAACAAAAGCUACCAGCAAUUAUGGAUAGUUUUCCAAGAGUUUCAGAAUAUUUCGGGGCAAGAUAUAGUAGCGGCUAUUGAAGAGUGCUAUGAAGGAAACUUUCAACAGCUUCUCUUGGCAAUUGUUGCUUGUGUACGAGACAAAGCAUCGUAUUUUGCAUACAGGCUACACAGCGCAAUUCAUGACUUUGGUUUUCACAACAAAACUGUAAUAAGGACACUGAUCUCUAGAAGUGAAAUAGAUCUUAUGAACAUAAGGAGAAAAUACAGGGAACGAUAUGAAAAAACAUUGUUUCAUGACAUUAAGCAUUUUUCUUCUGGACACUAUGAAAAGGCAUUGCUUGCUAUCUGUGCUGGUGACGGUGGUGACUAUUGAAAUAAUUUUCAAGAUAAAACGAUAGAAACUCCUGCUGAAACGGUCAUGAAGUAGAAACGAUAAUGAAAAAAAGUUUGCAGUUUCAUAUAAAGUUCUAUGGCGCUAAAGGCAAUAUUAUUUUUUCAAUACAAAACACACAUUAUUAUGGUUAAUUGUCGGCUAGGUUUGUAAUACGUAUUGCAAUUGCAUACCGAAACUCAAAAUAAAAAAGUUUGCAUUUCCAUCAUCAA